AUGGAUGGCUCUUCCCGUGGAAACCCUGGUCAUGCUGGAAUUGGUGGUGUGGGUCGAGAUAGUUCUACAGUUGUUCAGUUUAUCCUUUCUGUUUAUAUGGGUCUUCAUACUAAUAAUUUAAUGGAGGCUCAGGCCAUUUUAUUAGCUCUGGAGUAUGCCAGUAAAUUGGGAUGGCGCAGGAUUAUAUGUGAGUUUGACUCUCAGGUGGUGGUCAACUUGUUGAAUAGGCGGCAUUUAGAUGAGGUUAGUUGGCAUUUGGCUUUGAUUGUUGAUCAGAUUCUCAACCUCUGUGCUUCUCUGGAGUCUGAUUCUUUUACCCAUAUUCCUAGAGACUGGAAUGAGGUUGCUGAUUGUUUGGCCAAGUGGGCCUCUGAUCAUAUUCAUGAUUCGUUGUGGAUUGGGGUCGGUUACCCCCUGAUUUGUCUCAGCAUUUGCUUCACUUAG